UUGAAAUUAUUUUUUGUUAGUACGGACUACGGCACGAAGUCGAUACUAUCGAGGACUGCUUGCAAAUUUCACAGAAGUUAUUGCAAAUCUCUUUUUCGUCCCUAGGGUUUCCAAUUCAUUCUCGUCCCUUAGAUUUCAAUUUCAACAGUUCGCCGUGGUUUUGUCAAUUAACAGGAUAACAAUGGCGUAAAUUCUGUUCGCCGGCGAGUUACUUUUGUCACCGUCACAAACUCUGCGCCGGCACUUUCUUCCGUGAAGACGCUUCUGUAGAUAGGAGAGCUCAACUUCUGUAUUCAGUGCUAGAAAGUUGUCAACCUAUUAAUGGGUGCACCAAAGCAGAAGUGGACAUCAGAAGAAGAAGCUGCCCUUAAAGCUGGUGUAGCGAAGUAUGGGGUUGGCAAAUGGAGCACCAUUCUUAAAGAUCCAGAGUUUGCUGCUGUGUUGCGCUCUCGCUCAAAUGUGGACUUGAAGGAUAAAUGGAGGAAUCUACAUGUCAUGGCAAGUGGUUGGGGAUCUCGGCAUCGAGGGAAGAUUGUGUCUAAAAGUGUUCAGCCUACACCGAAGCACGAUGACAACACCUUGGUUGGCUAUGUGGGUGAGAAUGAUAUAGAAAUUCUUGAUGUUAAACCUCUUGCAUCGACUGGGACUGGUGAUGUACUGAAGGAUGUUGGCUCAAAAAAACCAUUUUCAAGAUUAGAUGAUCUUAUACUGGAGUCAAUAGCCAAAUUAAAGGAAUCACGUGGAUCUAGUCGGAAUGCAAUUUCUUCUUACAUAGAGGAGCGGUAUGUGGCACCUCUAAACUUUGAAAGACUGUUGGCAGCAAAUUUGAAGGUGUUGACUGAAAAAGGAAGACUGAUAAAGGUAAAGCAUCACUACAGGAUUGCACCGAGUAGAGCAUCAUCUGAUGGCAAGGGAGGCCCUUUCUCUUCGCUUAUGGGCGGAAAGCUUGAUUCCACUAUGGUAGAAAAGAAUGAAACUAGAUUACUGACUAAAGCACAGAUUGAUGCGGACUUAGAGCAAAUGAAGAGCAUGAGUGCAGAGGAGGCUGCUGCAGCCGCUGCACAAGCAGUUGCAGAGGCUGAAGUUGCCAUUGCUGAUGCAGAACGGGCAGCAAGGAUUGCAGAGGAGUUUGAAGCAGAGGCAGAGGCAGCACAGUGCUUUGCUGAAGUAGCAUCGAAGGCACUACAGCAUCAGACUAUCCUUGUCUGAUGGCGCUAUCUGGAUCCACCGCUAGGGUUUUCAUCUUCAGUACAGUUGGCAAUUUAUUGUUGAUAUGUGGAUAGAGCUGUAAAUGUGGAGAUUUCUUUCAUUACUAGUGAUCUUAAAUAUAGCAUUGUGGUCAUAAUGAAGUUUAUAGGCAGUUGUCCUCUUUUUGGUGGUUGACAAGCAAUUUGUAUAUCCUUUAAAAAACUGUACCUUUUCCCUCUUAACUCUGGUUUGGUCCCAAGUGGCUGUAAAAAAUGAGCUUAGUUGAAUUGCCGUUGAUCCACAAACUUUUGGUGAACCAAGGAUUCAAAAGAUUGAUUAUGUUGUGUUUUGA